AUGUCUUCCACCGAAUCAUUCGACAUCUGCGACUAUGUCAACAUCGAAAUGUUCGAGGAGGACGUCCCGGAGGAUCUCGAAGAGACAGUGGAGGCAUCACAGACGUCUGGGCAAGAUAUUUGGAGCCACACCCUCCUGGCUACCGACGUUCUCCACGUCGAUCGCUCGUUGUUGUCUCAACGAGAGACAGUGAUCCAGCGAGCCGUGGACGCACAUCUCCAAGCCACCAUGCCGUACGACGGUAUAUUUUUCCAGGACGCAACCAAUGCCCCUCAAGCGGCCCAUGGACGCGAGGCUACCCCCACCGCGCGGGGGAAUGUUACCCAAGACGAAAAAGAGAACGCAUCUCACGACGCGGGUGCCCACGGCGAGCCUGCAGAGGUCAACUGUUCACAGGAAGCGCGCCAAGAGUCCGUACCACGCGACAUGACCCACUCUUCGCUCAAACGGAAGCGGGAUGUUGAGGAAGAAGAGGACAAGGAGAACUUGCCGGUGGACAGCGACCUCGACGAGGACACGCACGAGGACAUAGACGAUGAGUACAUUCCAUCCAGUCCGCUUCCCUCCCCGCCUUCGAAACGCGUCAAGAUCGAGGAAGAUCCCGAAGAAGAGGAAGAGGAAGAGGAAGAGGUAGAGGAAGCCCCGACACCGCCCGCCGCAGGUUCCUCCAACGCGGAGCCACGCGCACUCUGUGGGGUGAAUGAUGGCAGGGGUCGAUGUCCACACGAGCUCACCAAAAACUACGACAUCGACUGGAAGCACCUCACGGUGUCCCACGAUCGCUCCGUAGCGGGAAAAUGGCCUUGUACGUUCCCAAGAUGUGGCAAGAUUUACGCGCAUAAGUGUGACCGCACCAAGCACAUCGUAACGGUCCACUGGAAGCCGUAUGGCAUCAAGGAGGAUGGCCCACGGGAACUAGAUGCCAGGAAGCGGGACGAGGCCAUGAAGCGACGAAGACACGGUGUCGUAUCUGCGGAUACGAAGAGCUACUCUUGA